CCAGCCUUGUCUGCAAUGGCGUCUGGGGCUUUUCCCACGAGCGCCCCUCUCUGCCCCCCACUCCCGCUCUCCUCCCCAGGCCACUAGACGCCGCGCUCCGCAGCGCCGCCACAGCCUGCCCCAACCCUAAGCUCCCGCUCGAGCUCAGGCGAUGGGGUCCUCGUCCUCGCCGUCGCCGCCGCCGCCGCCCAUGAUCGGGAGGGCCGGGAACCUCACCGUCUUCAUCACGCCGCCGUCUCCCGCGAGCACGCCGCGGGGCGCGUCGCGCACCCCGCCGCCCGAGUCCCCGCACUCGGAUUUCUCCACCCCGACCCCGCAGAGGGCGGCCCCCUCGCCCUCCUCCUCCCCCUCGCCGCGGAAGCCCGCGAUCCCGGCCGCGGCGCCCGCGGUGGUGUUCACCCCGCCCCCGCCUCCGGCUCCCGUGAAGGUCGCGCCGCCGCCGGUGCAGGUGCCUCCACCGCAGUACGAGAAGGCGUCCGCGGGAGGCAAGCACGACGGAUCGGCCUUCGGCUUCUUCUGGGACGCUGUCGCGCGCGUCCAGGAAGCGCACGCGAGCCUUGACGAGUACGUGGCGAACUGGUUCGGGUUGGAUCAGUCCAAGUACCAGUGGGCGCUCAACGACUACUACGAGGCUACCGGCAAGGAAGUGGAUUGUGUAAAAGGUGGCAAGCCGAAGGAGCUUACUACUACUGAAGUGCAGAAAGUCUGAAAUCAACUUCGUUUUGGGUUGAAUAUGUGUAGCUAGCAGCGUAUGUAUGGAGAAGCAUGUUCCAUUUGUUACAUUUUGGGUGGGGGGGGGGGGGGGGGGGGGCGGGU